AUGUGGGUUGUGGUGUCGUGAGCGCGCGCCUGUCUCCUCCGCUCCCACAGGGUCCGCAGCCGCCAUGGCGCAUUAGAGGCAGCAGUGCCUGCGGCAGCAUCGGCCUUUGCAGCGGCGGCAGCAGCACCAGGCUCUGCAGCGGCACCCCCCAGCGGCUUAAGCCAUGGCGCUUCUCACGGCCUUGAGCAGCAGCGUUGCUGUCACCGACAAAGACACCUUCGAGCUGAGCACGUCCCCCGAGUCCGGCAGCCGAGCCCCGCAGCAUGGCCGAGAUGAGCUUCCUGGGCAGCGAGGUGUUGGGGGGGGACUUGAUGUCCCCCUUCGACCCGUCGGGUUUGGGGGCUGAAGAGGGCCUCGGCCUCCUGGACGACUACCUGGAGGUGGCCAAGCACUUCAGACCCCAUGGGCUCUCCGGCGACAAGGCUAGGGCGGGCUGCUCCGAGUGGCUGGCGGUGGACGGCGGCAAGGAAGAUGCCUUCUCGGGCACAGACUGGAUGGUGGAGAAGAUGGAUCUGAAGGAGUUUGACUUCGACAGCCUGCUGAAUCUCGGCGACCUGGACAUGCCCGACGAGCUCUUAGCCACGCUGGACACCGGCGGCCUCUUUGACCCACUCCAGGAGAGUGACAAGGAGCCCCCCCAGGUCGAGAACCCCAUUGGCCAUCUUCCAGAAAGUUCCCCGAAAGCAGACCAGGUUGCCCCCUUCACCUUCCUGCAGCCGCUGCCCCCCUCUCCCGGCCCGCUGCCCUCCACUCCAGACCACGCCUUUAGCUUAGAGCUGGGCAGCGAGGUGGUGAUCGCUGCCGGGGACAGGAAGCCCGAUGCCGCGGCCCCCGCCACUGCCAUCUCUCUGUGCAUAAAGGAGGAAGAUGCCCCCUCAGACAACGACAGCGGCGUCUGCAUGAGCCCCGACUCCUACCUGGGCUCCCCCCAGCAUAGCCCCCCUGCCACCAGGGGCUCGCCCAGUAGGGGCCUGCUCUCCUCCCCAGGUGCCCUCUGUGGUGGCCCUGCCCGCCCCAAGCCCUACGACCCUCCUGGGGAGAGGAUGGUGGCAGCAAAGCUCAAGGGCGAGAAGCUAGACAAGAAGCUGAAGAAGAUGGAGCAGAACAAGACGGCAGCCACCAGGUACCGCCAGAAGAAGCGGGCGGAGCAGGAGGCCCUGACGGGCGAGUGCAGAGAGCUGGAGAAGAAGAACGAGGCUCUGAAAGAGCGCGCCGACUCCCUGGCCAAGGAGAUCCAGUACCUGAAAGACCUGAUGGAGGAGGUCCGCAGGGCCAGGGGCAAGAAGCGGGUGCCCUAGCUAGACUGGAGUGUGCUUGUACAUAGGCUUGCGCUGGUGUUGUAAUAAAUUAUUUUGUAGCAUAA